CGUGAUGUGCUUUGCUUUCUGCUUACAAGUGUGAAGUUCUUCAAAAAUGGACUUGUGUUGAGAAUUUAGAUACAAACUAAACGUCAAUUGGCGAGAUGAGUUGAUAGUUAAAUGUUUACAAAAUAAUGCAAAACCCUUUGACAUCAAUAGUCACAACGCAUUUUUAUAGCUCAGAGAUCCAGAGUAAAUGACGUUUACUAUGGGAGAUUUAGUAUUAUAUUGCCCUCUUUGUUGUAAUGCUACAUUUGAUUCGAAACAGUCUCUCAUUGAACACAUAUCUAUUAUUUCUUCAAAUUUAGUAUGUCCCUUAUGUACAAAUAGAUUUUCUUCGAUAGAUCAAUUUACUGAUCAUUUAAAACUCGAUAAUUGCGAACUUGUAAAUGAAGUUCAAACCAUUAUAUUUGAAACAAAUACACAAAUUGAAAGUAAUGAUAAUUCUGAAGACAAUACAAAACUUAAACUAGAACUUAAUGAAAAUGGAAAUAAUUUACAAAAAGAUGAUUCACAAAAUCAAAUAUCAGAACACACAGUUAAAGUUAGCAAUUCAGAUGAAAGUAAAAUGUAUGUUGAGUUGUUAGGCAAGCAAAUGCUUAAGCCAUAUCUACAGACCCAAGAAUUAAAGUUGGUGAAGGAAGAUGGACAGAGUCGAUAUGUGAUUCUCGCCGAUGAGGAUUCUGUUUUAAAUCAAGGUGUUUCAAUAGUAACUAAGCAAAACAUUGAUGGGACUAUAUCUUUAACUGCUCUUAAAGAUGAGGAACCAGAUACAAGUACUUUAGAAGAGGAUACUGACAAAAACCAGGAUGAAAUAUACAGUUGUAAUGCAUGCGGUGUAUCAUUUUCAUCAGUUUUGGAACACAUUCAAAACUAUCAUAAUGAUCAAGAUGUUGUGGUUGAGGAGCCUCUUGAAGUAAAUAGUAUUCCAAUAGAAUAUGAAGAAGUUGCUAAUGAAGAAGUAUUAGAAGAUAAGCAGCAGUCGAGACGGAUGAUAACUGAGACAGGAGAUAUUAUUGAAACACCAUUAACAGAAGAUGAAGAAACAGUUCCGAACAAGCCAGUUAAGGUUGUCAUACCAAUAAAGACAGAUUCAGUAGACAAACAGGGACGUGCGUGUACACGGCGAUAUGUACAGAUAGACAAAUUCUGUAACAGCAUCAUAAAAGACAUCAAACCAACUGAUGAUAAAAAUGGUCCAUUUCACAAUGUGGUUGUGAAGGAAAUGCAAACAACGUCCGGUAACAAAAUGCGGGUGUACAAUUGUAUGUCGUGCAAUGUUUACGUCUCAUCGCUGUCGGAAUUCAAACUGCAUCCAUGUAAAAUUUUGAAGUACCCUUGUCCACAAUGUCCAGUCGCUUAUGAAAACUCAAAAUCAUUAUGUGCACACAUGAAAGUUCAUAAAUCAAAAGGAGAAAAUAAUUAUGUAGCCCCUGUGAAGUUCGAAUGCGAAAUUUGUACAACAACAUUUCCUACCAGCAAGUCGUUAAAAUUACACAAGAGGAUGCACGACCCUAUCAAAUCUCGUCCAAUAGAGCCUCCAGUGGAUACCUCUGAAGGUAACAUAGCAAGUAACAACAAGUUCCUAUGUUCGAUAUGUGACAAGUUGAUACCUAUCGACUACCGGACCAUACAUCAGAACUCGCACAAGGGCAGCAAUAAGAUGAACUGCGACAUAUGCAACAAGAAGUUCCAUUCUCAGGAAUAUUUGGAUAUGCAUAUGAGUGUGCAUAGUAUAGAUAAGGUAAUAGUCGGCAAACAAGACAAGUCGCUUCCGUACACGUGUCUAUAUUGCAAUAGGAAGUUUGCAAGACCCCACGAAAAGGUGAAGCAUGAAAGGAUACACACGGGCGAGAAACCUCACUCGUGCGAGAUCUGCGGCAAGUCGUUCCGCGUGUCGUACUGCCUCACGCUACACAUGCGCACGCACACAGGCGCACGUCCCUACGCCUGUCCGCACUGCAACAAGAGAUUCAAAGCGCACAGUGUGUACAAUCACCACUUGUUAACACAUUCGGAAGUGCGCGCGUACAAAUGUCCGUACUGCCCCAAAGCGUUCAAGACGUCGGUUCAGCUCGCCGGCCACAAGAACUCUCACACUAAACCCUUCUCUUGCCAGCAAUGUAACAGACCGUUCGCGUCAUUGUACGCGGUGCGCGUGCACAUGGAGAUCCACUCGCGUCAGAACAGCCUGAAAUUCUCGUGCUCCAUGUGCGGUGCGAGCUACGCGCGGGCCUUCGCCCUCAAGGACCACAUCAAACAAGUGCACAAGCAGGAAGUCGACUCGCCCGACCAUCUCACGAUACUCAAAGAAGAAGACUGUAUGGUGCAAGAGAACGUAGACAUCGACUCGGACGGAAUGCACCUCAAUAAAGAUCUGCCACAGGAGAUUAACGAAUUGGAUAUACAUACUAACGAACUGAUCGUUCCUUAAUUUGUAAAUUUUUAAAUAAGUAUAUGUUGUUAAUAUAAUAAUCUAAUAAUCAUUCGUGAUACAGCGACUUGACUGGCUUACACGAAAUAUUCAAUCUUGAUGUAAAAAUUGUAACAUGAAUUUUGAGGCAAAUAUAAACUUGUUUUUUAUUAUGUUGUAAAUAUGUAUAUACAUAUAUAUAGAAUAGUGAAUAAAAGGUUUUUUUUUUGUAUUUUCACGUUUUUAUUAUUAUAAAUGUAUCAUAAUUUUUUAAUCUUGACUUUAUUGUAAUAAUUGAUCAGCCUUCAUAUAAUUUGUACUUAUGAAAUGAAAAUGUAAGCCAGUUAGUUAGAAUCAACUUUACCGAUUGUAUUUGGAUUACUAUUUUAAAGUACUUCCAAUAAAAGUUUUAAUGUACUAUAUACAUGUA